AUGGCGGUUGACACAGAGAAAGACCUGGUUCAGGACACCAGUUCUCCAUCUGACGCUCCGAGCUCGCCCUCUCCUGCAGUCAAGGACUCGACUGAGCCUGUGGUGACUCUGAAAACAUGGAUCGUGUCCGCGUGGCACCCUUCUCAGAUUCUAUCUUGCGGUUAUGGCCUGUCUUUUUGGCCUAUUCCCGUCAUGUCUGCCAUUGGCACUCUGAUCUCCAAGGACAUGGGUGAGCCUACUGGAUACAUCUGGUUUGUGCCGGCAUGGACCAUCUCGAUCACCUGCGCGUUUUUGAUCUUCGGUCCCAACACUGAUCUUCUGGGUCGACGGUGGUUCUUGGUUCUGGGGAACCUGGUGUGCUUCGUCGGCCACAUCAUCGUGGCAUCGGCCACAAACACCAACCAAAUCAUUGCGGGCCUUGUAGUGUCUGGAUUUGGUGGAGCCAAUUGCCAGAUGGCUGCGUUCGCCCUUCCAGAGCUUCUUCCCAACAAGUGGAGACACAUUGCUGUUGUCAUUGCCGAUUUUACCGUCUAUAUCGCCGUGAUCGUGGCCCCCGUCACUGCACGAUACGGCUAUGAGAUGGGCUCGUGGGCGUGGAACUUCUGGGGAGUGGCUAUCUUCCAGUGCCUGUCAUUUCUUGGCCUGCUGUUCCUCUACCACCCGCCCAAGCACCCGCUUGGUGUGCCAUACAAGGAAGCACUUAUGACUCUGGACUACCUCGGUGCUUUCCUCUUCAUCGGUGGAGCUGUCCCCUUCCUUAUGGGUAUUGUCUGGGCCGGCGUCUACGACUCAAACGACGCACACGUCGUAGCCCCCUUAGUCGUGGGAGCCGUCGUGCUCAUCUGCUUCGCGCUCUGGGAGACCUUCAGCAACACGAAAUAUCCACUUACGCCGACCUACGUAUUCUCCAGCUCAUGGGGCCGCGACUUCACAGCGCCCGUCAUCGCCCUCGGCGUCGUCAACAUGUUCUACUACUCGUCCAGCAUCCUGUGGCCGCAGAUGAUCACUGUGUUUUACACGCAAGGCGGCACCGACUGGAAGUACUCAGUGAUUCUGUCUCUGCCCCAGGGCUUCGCCAUCUUCACAGGUGCCAUCCUCCUAACCGUCUUGGGCAGCCGGCUCCGCCACUGGCAGUGGCAGUUGACCGGAUCGGUGCUGGUGAUGGUGGUAUUUGGCUCGCUGCUGGGGAUAGUCACGCCCACAAACAAAGGCACAAUGGUUGCCUUUAUCUUCCUCUCGCAGGCGGGCUUUGGCUGGGGGCUGUACCUCAGUAUCGCCAUCACCCAGAUGGGCGUCGACCACAAGAACCUUGGGGUUAGUGGUGGUAUCUCGGGCUGUAUCCGGUUUGCUGCUGGCGCAGUCGCUACCUCCAUCUACCAAACCGUCUUCAGCACCAGCCUCACCAAAUACAUGACCCGCUACGUCCCCACCGCCGUCGUGGCUGCUGGUCUGCCCGAAUCCAAGGUCCCAGACCUGAUGGCAGCAGCAGCGCAGGGCGCCGCGGCCCUGAAAUCAUUCAGUCCGGCUGUGGCUGCCGCCGCCGAGGCAUCGCUCGCCCAGGCCUACUGCAAGGCAAUCUUUGUGGUGGCCAUGGUGUCCAUGGCCUUUGGCAUCCUGGGUCUGGGGGCGUGUCUGUGCUGCAAGGACGUCGACUCGAAGAUGACCAAUAAGAUUGAGGUAUACCUCGAAAACACCGACCUCUCGGACCGAAACAAGUUCCACUAA